CUUAUUUAUCUAUUUUAAUUUUUUAUUUAAUAUUUCAUUUGAUUUUUUAUUCUUAUUUUUUUUUUUUCAUUCUUUAUCAAAAAAUAUUCUAUAAUUACAGUUGUCAUUUACAAUGACAACAAGUCCUAUUCUACAAAAUGAAGAAUCUUCAAUGAGGUCUAAAUCAGCUUCGUCUGUUAAUUAUAAACGAACAUGUCGUAAAGAAGAUGAUCAAAUAAAUCAGAUUGAUAGUGUUGUUCAUAUAUUAGGAGACUUAUUUAGAACAUAUAUGAUUGAUAAAAAAGACUUGCUUAUAAUAUAGUAAUAGAUGUCCCUUCUAAGGAAACCAACUUUUUAUUUCAUAAAAUGGAAGAUAUGUAUGAAGGGGAUAUGUAUUAUAUUAUGUCUGGAUUUAUGACGGUCUAUAUCAGUUUUAUUCAAAUUGUCUUACAGGAGGAUUUUUUAAAAUUCAUACAACUCUUCUCGCCUCAUGAUUCUUUAUCAACUCAGGGGAAUCAACUUUUUCUUCCAUUUUAUGACAUGUCUUUAUUACAUAAGCUUCAACAUCAAUUAAAAGAGAAAAACUUGUUGGAUCCAGACUUUAUCUUGACUUCAAUUGACUCGAUCUUUUCAAAAUUCUAUACGUUGUAUUUCUUGGAAACAUUAGCCCAAAAGCAUCAAAAGGAUCAUGGUCAAUUUUAUACACCUCAGUCUGUCAUCAAAUUCAUGUGGGAUAAAUGUGCAACCUUAUCUACCUUUAUUCUUCAUCUUGAAUCCCAAAAGGAAGCGACCAUUCCUCAUGUUUUUGAUCCAUGUUUAGGUAUCGGUUCCUUUCUCUGUGAAUUUUUAUCUCGAUUUAUUAAGGCAUGUCGUUUUACUAUCUGGAAUGAUCCUUUACGUCUUACCAAAUUACUUACAUCAGAUAUCCCUAAUUAUGUAUGGGGAAUAGAGAUUGACCCAUUUGCUUAUCAACUCUGUAAGUUGAAUAUGAUAGUUCAUCUUUUCCCUUUAUAUCAAAGAUUAAAGGAGCUUGAUGUUCAACUUGAAACAGGCUCUAUUCAUCGACUUAAAUUAUUUUGUAAUGAUACUUUAAAGUUACGAGUCGAUACAAAUCCCUUAUUAAAAGCAGAGGAUACAUUUGAAAGGGAUUGUUUAGAAUUAUUAAGGGAUGCCUCUAAAUUAAAAUUUGAUUACAUUGUUACAAAUCCGCCUUAUAUGAUUCGAAAAACUGGAUUUAUCACUCAGCCUGAUUCCAUUAUAUAUGAUGAAUCUAUAUUAGGAGGGAAAGGGACACAAGCUUAUUUAUAUUUUAUGUGGAUUGCAUUACAACGAUGUGAUGAUCAACAGGGUCAAGUCUGUUUGAUUACACCAAGUCAAUGGACUGUACUUGAAUUUGCCCAACAUCUAAGAAAAUGGAUUUGGAAACACUGUAAGCUUUUAGACAUGUAUGAAUUUGAACCUUACAAAGUUUGGCCAAAAGUACAAACAGAUUCACUUGUAUUUCGUAUUUGUAAACGUACAUCUACUCUUAUUCAUUCAGAACAUACACUUUAUCUUCGACAUUGUUCUCGAAAAAUGACAUUAACAGAACUUUUACAAGCAUAUGACAAUUUUAAUAUAAAUCAAAUCUCUUCAAAUGAUCAAAAUAUAAAAUACAAAUAUACAUCAAGUGUUGAAUCGAAUGAUCAAAUCUUAACAACACCUCAUGCUUCAUUUGCCUUCAUGAUACCCACUGCAUCAUGUUUAGAGGAACUCAAUCAACUUACACACCAUUUACCUCGUCUCUGCGAUGGAGAACACACACAUAAAUCGAAUCCUAAUCUAGAAGUAGCAUCUAGCCAUCAAAGGCCUCCUCUCGUGUGGAAUCGAGGACCUAAUACGAAUCCUGUUUAUUCACUUGUCGUUCGAACCAGUUGGGCGAUUCAUACAUUUGGGAUUGAAACAUGGGCUCGCUGGCUCAAGCCAUGUUUUUAUUGGAAUGGAAAGACGAAUACAUCUACAAAUAGGGGUGGAAAGGAAGGCGAAUUCUGGAGAACAAGGGAUCCAUUACGAUUGAGUAAGAAGGAAACAUCCGCAGCAGAGGCCUAUUGGCCCCUUUGUACACUCGAUCCAGAGCAACCUACACUUCCGUUUUAUUCAUUGAUUCGGGUGAACAAGGAGGAUGCAGAUCUAUUGAAAGAAGAAUAUAAAGCAUUAGGUGAGAGAGCACCUAGCGCAGCUCUUUAUCAUUAUCUUCGAGAUGCUCGUCUUGCAUUACAGGCAGACAAGACAGAGAAGGAGAUAGCGCAUUGUCAGUAUAACAAAUGUGGUACAGAGGUAGCUGUCAAGAUUGUCCAUCCAAUUAAUUGUGGUUAUUUCACUCGAACACAACCCCGUCCACGCUUCUUUGUAGAUAAGACAAGAAUGGCGGUAACGAAUCAAUGUAUCUAUUUUACGAUUAAACCUGAUUACCCCUGGCAGGACCCGGAUUAUUAUUGUGGACUCUUGAAUAGUAUUUUAAUUCAAUUCUUUACAAAGGCCCAUUGUUGUUAUGAUCAACAAGGUCGUAUGCGAUUCUUUGGAAGAUCAAUGGCUUAUAUUCCAUUUGCACCUCCACCGUCUAUUGAAUUCAUGCGUCAGAUCUCCAUCUUUGUACAAGGUGUGACGGUAUGUCGUACCUGGCUUUAUUCCUUUGUACGUCACACGUCGACGACAGGACAUCAACCACGAUUGAUGGAACGUAUUCGACAUAGUGAAUGGCAACCCUUAUCCAAGAUCGAAAUGGAGGUAUUAAAUCAAAUCAAGAUACCUACUGACACGACUCACUUUCAACCCGAUACAAGUCUGUCCUCUACCUUGAACGAUUCAACUGACUUUGAAUGGAUUCGACAAUUUGUACAAUUCCAUUGUCAUUAUCCAGAUAAAGCUGCAUUUAUCUUUAUCACUCUCUUAAAGAUAGCCUCUCUCUUUCAAUUCAUGAUUGAUCAAAUGGUUUAUUUUGUAUAUCAAAUCCCUGAGCGACUUCAAUUAGAGAUUGAACAAGAUUUAAAAUUAGAAAAGAUACGUGAAGAAUGGAUCAGGACAAGAAGAGAUGUUCUAUUUGAACCUGAUCAUAUGACAGCCUGGUUUGAACGUGUUCUAUCUAUUGCCAUUUCAUUUACUAAAAGCCAAGAAGAACUAUUCAAAGACAUGUAGAUACAACACUCUAUAUAUACAUAUAUACAUAUAUACAUAUAUACAUAUAUACAUACAUA